AUGAGUGUCGCAUACGAGCCCCGGUCCUUCAUCCACGAAGGCGCCUAUCCCCCGAUCGGCGACGAGCACGACCACGGCGCCGACCAGCGCUUUACCGACUCCGAUGUUGCCGAGCACCUCAGCCACUACACGGCCGACGCCGCCGGCAUGCUGCAAGACGACCGCGACGUCAUGGACGAGCGCAGCAUGCUGCACGACCACUCGGGCGGCCCCGACGAUGACGGCACGCGGCUCGACCUAGGCGCGGGCGACUUUCCCUCGCCCCUCGAGGUGCCCAUGUCGGCGACCGACAUGUCUCCCGCGCUUCCCGACAGUAAAGACCCGUCGCCCGGCCUCGACUCGCUGCCCUCGUCCCGCAUAAAACCGAUCCCCAAACCCUCGCGCGCCGUCAGCAAGCAAGCCGAUGGGAGGUUCCACUGCCCACUGGACGACUGCAAGGAGGAGAUUCGCGCGUUCCUGCGGAAGUGCGAGUGGAACAAACACAUGGACAAGCACGAGCGGCCCUACCGCUGCCCGGCCGACGGAUGCGAAAAUCUGCCCGGUUUUACAUAUUCCGGCGGUCUCCUCCGCCACGAGCGUGAAGUCCACAACAAGCACGGCGGGCCUAAGAAUACGGUCAACUGCCCGCACCCCAACUGCAAGCGCCACACCGGCAAGGGCUUCUCCCGCCAGGAGAACCUCAACGAGCACCUGCGCCGCGUGCACACGAGCCCCGACGGCGCCUCGCCGCUGGGUGGCAACGGCGGCGGCACCGGCGCCGACUACUCGGCCGCCGGGUCGCACACCGACGACAACGACAGCGAGCGCUCCGGCAUGAAGCGCAAGCGCCGGUCCAGCGGCGGCACCGCCUCCGACGAGGUCGCCGAGCUCCGCGACGAGAUCAAGCGCGUGCGCAUGGAGAAUGAGAAGCUCAAGGCUGACAUGGAGCAGCAGGGGCAGCACUCGCUCGCCAUGAUGGCGCAAAUAGCGGAACUGCAGGAUGCGCUCCGUCACGGGCUCGGUAGCCACGGGCUCGGCGCGCCGACGGCGCAAAUGAUCUAG